AUGCCAGAUGGUAAAGACGGCGAGAAUGCCAAAGAGCAAGAGAACAGCGAGGAGGAGGAGGAGGAGGAGAGGGAGAGGGAGAGCCAGAUGGAGGUGAGGAGCACAGACGUGGAGGAGAGGACGAUCACUCCGGCUCCGUCUUCGGGCGCCGUCAUCGGGGGCAUCCUCGGCUCCUUGGCCUUCAUCGGCAUCAUCGUCUGCAUCGUCUUCUACAUCCGCAAGCGCCAGGAGGACGGAGAGGGCCCUCCCAAGCACAAGCCCCCUCCCCCUGUGAAGGCAGGCAGCUCGACAGAGAUGCUGAAUAAGCCAUCAGAGCCUCCCACGGCCACAGAGACGGCCCCUCUCAGCCCGGGAGAGGUUUACUACGAGCCCACGGGGGGAGAGCCCGUCACGAACCUGGAUGACGAGACCACUGGAGCCCUGAACGGCGGCGCCCCUCCGGUCCUGGGCCACUCGGCCAAAGUCAACGAGCUCGCCGCCGAUGGUCACCGCGGCAACGACUUGGAUUUGUCCAAUCACGAGCAACCGGUUACCAACAUCUCCCGUGGCGAGAGCUUCGUAUCUCCCGCCAUGUACGUGUAGCCGUGGCAACCGCAGCCACCGCAUCACAGGCGUAUGGGCACGUUCCAGGUCACCUAAAUUUGCAUGAGAGGCAAAUGGCGCACGCACACUUGUUCCACGCUAGAAAGUUUGAACCCACACACGAUGACAUUUGGCAUCCAAGUUUAUCUUUCUUUACCAGGCACAACUAUAGUUUUAAUUUCUGCAAUGGAAGCAAGGGUAACAAGCUUUUCCUUUUUUCAAAUAUUUAUAACUCCUGCAUGCGUCAUACACACUUUUAAUCAUUUAAUCAUCAGAAAAAGCAAAAAUAUGGCACAAAAUAUCAAAGUUUCCAAAGCAGUUUAGCACACACACACACACACAGUAGUUUGUGAUAUCUGAAGAGGUAACUGAAACUGAAAUCACAUGUGCAUUGUGUAUAAUGAGGCGGGCUUUUACAAUAUGUUAAUUACAUGGUUGAGAGGUGUCGCCACGUAGGUGAACUGGAACACUCCCUGCAGCUAAUUAAACCACCACGCUCUGCCUGUGUGAUGCUUGUGAAUCCAAAUUUCAGCCAAAAAAAACAACAGCAAGUCAACAGCAUUUUAAGAGGAUUCAGUGUGAAAUAUUAUAUGCAACAUUUUGUGCCAUGAACAUA